CCUACCCAUCCCAUUCAUCCUGCGCGUCUUCGUCGAGGCACACCGACACGCCGCGCAUCGCCAAUUUUCGAGCUGUGUUAAGUCGCCACGAAUUCCCAAUCGCGGGGCACUUCUGUCUGGACAGCUGUCUGGAGUGGACUGCCCAAGAUGGAGUCUCUCAAGGCUCUCUUCGUGAAGCCGGACCCUGCAGCACAACUUCGCAAAUGCAACAUGAUGCUGCGCCAGAACAUGCGCAGGCUCGACCGCGACAUCGCUUCGGUGAAACAAGCCGAGACUAAGACCAAGAACCUCAUUCUCGCCGCCGACAAGCGUGCACAGAAGGACCCCUCGCGCGCGAGGCAGGCCCAGAAGGAAGCCCGGGAGUUCGCGAGAGAGCUGAUCCGGCAGCGCAAGACCUCGGCCCGCCUCGUCACAGCCAAGGCGCAGCUCAACUCGGUCCAGAUGCAGGUCAACGAGGCGUUCGCGGUGCGCAAGAUCGAGGGGAGCAUCCGCGCGAGCGUCGGUAUCAUGAAGGAUGUGAAUACCCUGAUACGGCUGCCCGAGUUGGCGGGGACGAUGCAGGAAUUGAGCAAGGAGUUGAUGAAGGCCGGGGUCAUCGAGGAGAUGGUGGAGGAGACCCUACCGCAGGAUGAUGUCUUGCUGGAGGAGGACGAGGAGGCCGAGGGCGAGGUGGACAAGGUGCUGGGCGAGAUAUUGAAGGGCAAGAUGGAGAAGACGGGCACGAUGCCCGCGGCGCCGCCGCAGCAGGUCGAGGAGCCGCAGCCCGUGGAGGAGGAGGACGAGGAGGACAUGGAGGCAACGAUGGACCAGAUGAGGAACAGGUUGGAGGCCUUGAGGAGUUGAGACGUCUUGAAGGUGUCGCUUUUACUGCUUGAGGAGAGAUGCGAUCUCUGUAUCGCCAAGUUCAUCUUCAUUCAUAUGCAAGGAGUCUGGAGUUGCUGGUGAUCUGUCAACUGCACCAAUAUCACAGUUUGGAUCAAGGUAGUUUGGGGGAGGGGGGGUGCCAAAGGGAGCCCGGGCGAUGAGCAUCCAAGAAGGGAUGGAGCCUUUUCAUUAUUACAAGAGAACCACUUGGUGACAUUUGAAUCGCUGUCCUGGUGCUUCUUGGACGGUCUGCCGUUAGGCACUUUCACAUCGCUUUCUCCUAUCCAGAAAAUAUUCUGUUCUAAUCCACUUUACCGACUCCAAUUUGGAGGAUGGGAUCAAU